UACUGUCAGUUAUUGACAACUGACAGUUUUCAAUCAGAAUUCACGUCAGCUGGCUGACCUCAGCCCCUGUAUUAUGUGAAUUGUGUAAGCAAUACAUACAAAUAAAAUUGGUAUUAAAUAAAUAGUUUUCCCUAGAAAACAGAGGAUCACUUCAUAAAAAAAUGCUGAAUUCAAUUUUUCGUGGUCUCCUGGGCACGGAGGAAGCUCCGACCAAAGUGAUAGAGGUGCGGUCAGACAACUACAUUUCAAGGCCGAUACACUACCGUGAAGAUUCUAUUUUACUGUAUGGACCAAAAAAUCCCCCAGACGGCAAAAAUACUAAAGAGAAAUACUACGAAAUAGUUCUUCAUAAACCCUUUACUGAGAGCUUACAUCAGAUGUACAGCCUAUUUCGUGCAAAAACCUUAGAGUCUGCAGAAGAGAAAUUUAUAGUAUACAAAGAGAGAAUACCUAUAUUUAUUAAGAUUACCAAAGAGUGCACAGUAGCGAUACUUCAGAAGCUGUGUGACACAUUAUCGGAGCACCAAUCAUGGACGAUUGCUCAUAUGGUUGCUCACUUCGGACUGAGCGAGCUGUUCAAUGACCCUGAAGUCCAGAAACAUAUUGAUAGCAUUGAUCCUUUGACUGGAGCUACACCAUUAAUGGUGGCUGUAAAAUCAUGCAAUGUCCGCAUGGUCCAAAGUUUAGUCUCUCUGAAUUCUUCACUCGAUGUAAUUGACCUUGAGGGUAACACAGUGUUCCACUAUGCAGCAGCCAGUAACAAAGAAAUUAUUAAUGCAUUGGCCAGCAAGAGCCCUUCUUCCCUCAACGUCUACAACAAGCAGGGCUACACCCCACUCCACACGGCAUGCCUGGCCGACGCGCCAGAUUGCGUACGCGCACUCAUGUUGGCAGGCGCCGAUGUCAAUCUGACAGCUGCCAAACGAUCUACUAGCCUGUUACCAGCUCGUGCCGAUAGCAGCAUGACGGCUUUUAGAAAAUCUGCUACGAUACUGUCAGGCAUAGUGGGCGACUUGCUACACGACAACCAACCGAAACUAUACCAACAAGACAUGAAACACGGAGGCACGCCAAUCCACUGGGCUAUAUCCCGGGAAGUCAUUGAGGCACUCGUCGACAAAAACUGCGAUAUCAACGCUCUCAACUUCGAUGGUAGAACGGCCUUACACAUCAUGGUGUUAAGAGGUCGUCUCGAAUGCGCUAUGGCGUUACUCUCAAGGGGGGCUGAACACUCUAUAGGGGACAAUGAAGGGAACACUCCCUUGCAUUUGGCGGUAAAACAAACGAACAUCGCAAUAGUACAAGCGUUGAUUGUUUUUGGUGCUGAUUUAGAAGCAAAGAAUAAUAUGGGCAAUACGGCCAGACAUAUUCUGCCUACGGAGAUGUCGAGCAGUAACUAUGAUAAGAUUCUGUAUGUUUUGCACGCUGUUGGUGCUAGAAGAUGUCCUCCCGAAGUAUCAGGCUGUGGUCCUGGCUGUUCAGCCCGAGGUGAUUACAACGGAGUGCCACCACCUCCCGUCGCCAGGAGUUCCACCAGAGACCUGGUCAGCCAGAUGCUCUCCGUCGCAGCCAUGGAGAGAGCUGCGUGUUACGAUACUAAUCAGAAGCAGGGACGGUUACUCUGCCUAGACGGUGGUGGCAUUCGCGGCCUAGUAUUAGUCCAAGUGCUAAUAAACUUAGAAGAAGCUGUAGGCCAACCUAUAAUCCACUGCUUCGAUUGGAUAGCAGGCACCAGUACGGGAGGCAUUCUGGCCUUGGCCCUAGCCAGUGGGAAGUCCCUCAGAGACUGUCAGAGACUCUACUUUAGGAUGAAAGAAUUCGCUUUUGUUGGCAUGAGGCCUUAUCCUUCAGAAGCCUUGGAAACUAUUCUGAAGGACUGUUUAGGUACGGAGACAGUGAUGGCUGACAUAGAACAUCCAAAGCUGAUGAUCUUAGCUGUACUAGCCGAUAGGAAACCAGUUGACUUACACAUAUUCAGGAACUACAAGUCUGCGCAAGAGAUUCUUGAUGACCACAAUGGAACUACAAGUCCUCACGCAGAAGCCGGCGAUCAGGCGUCAGUGGUAUCUCUGGCGGCGCCGCCCCCGCCUGCUGAACAGUUAGUGUGGCAAGCUGCCAGGGCCACGGGUGCUGCGCCCUCGUACUUUAGGGCUUCGGGCAGGUAUUUAGACGGUGGACUAAUGGGCAACAACCCGACAUUGGACGUGCUAACAGAGUUAACUGAACUGAAUCUCGCGCUGAGAGCUACGGGACAACAUGAAGAGGCUAAGAAAACUAAUCUUAAAGUUGUAGUGUCUUGUGGUACAGGUCUUAUUCCCGUAUCGAAGUUAAAAGACAUAGAUGUGUUCAAACCAGAGAGUUUGUGGGACACUGCGCGACUGGCUUGGGGACUAUCAGCUAUCGGGGGUCUACUCGUCGACCAGGCGACUCAGUCGGACGGGCGCGUGGUGGACCGAGCCCGCGCGUGGUGCAGCGCGGUGGGCGUGCCGUACUACCGCUUCGCGCCGCAGAUGUCGCGCGACGUGGCGAUGGACGAGCGGCAGGACGACGUGCUCGUCACCAUGCUGUGGGAGGCGCACGCCUACAUGUACGCGCACAGGGACAGGGUCAAUGAACUCGCUGCCUUGCUGAGGGAUGACCAAACAUCUAAAAAUUGAUCUGCACCAUAGAACUACACGGGUACGUAAACCAUAGCUUAUAGUUAACUAAUACGCAUAAUAUUUGAAUAUUGAAUGUAUAUUUAACAAUUUGUCUGACAUUAUAUAAAUUGGCAGGGUUUAGUUAAGUAAACAUCUUAGUUAUAUGUAUAAGGUAUUUUUUGUUUUUUUUUUUGCUCUGACAACUAGAACAAUUAAAGUAAACAAUAUUUGUGGUUGUUUUCACAUUCCUAGUAGGAAUAUUUGACAUUUACGACGAUUUAGUUUUUAUAUGACGUAAAAAUCAUUCGGAUUUUCUCUCAUGAUAUGUUUGUUCAUGAAAAUAAAUAGUGCUAAUGUCUUUAUUUUUCGAUAAAACAUCACAGUUAAAUGUGCAAUAUAUUUUUCUGUUAUUUUUAUUUACUAGUAGUUCGUAAGUGUUGUAUGAAAUUGUUGUUUUUAUGAUUAAACAUAUACUAUCUGCAUGUAUAAAUUAAUUAUUCAUUAUGGCAACACUUGUAUUUUAAUUGCGGUGUUGCUACACUCUUUAGUCGACAAAUGUGAUUAUAACAUAGCAUUCCCACAAUACAUUAUUCUUGACAUAAUAUAGUUCAUCUUUAAAUGCAUUCCUUAAAGGAAUUUAUACAUAUUAAUAUAUUCCACAACUUAUUUAUAAAUUGCCAUAAUAUAUUGCAUUUUCUGUAUUCAUAGUUUAUUAUUUAUUGCAACAAAUACUUAGUAAGUAAACCCCUGUUAAUAAUCCUUGACAAAAUGCUUAGAUUAAUGUUAGAUAUUAGGAAAGAUGGUCUUCAGUAAUAAAUAUUAAGAGUAUUCACCAGUAAGCCUGAUUGUAUUUUAUAAAAUUGAAAAUAUAUUAAUUAGUCUCAAAUUUUGAGGUUCUUCACAUACUUUCUCUUCACUGUGUCAUAUGGUACUAUACAAAUUGGAUAGUAAACAUUGUUUUUAAUUUUUCCCCAAAGACCUCGUAUAUUAUUAUUGUAUGUAUAAAAGGCUAAUAGAAAAUACCUAGGAAUCUGCUCUGAAGCAUUACCCAUUUAUGGAACAAUUAUUUUAUGUAAAAAUAUAUCUGCCAUAAAUAAGCUUAUAUUACUUACUAUUGAGCGCAAUAGUAUGUUGAUCCCAAGUAUUGUUCAAAAUUUAUAAAACAUAGAAUUCUUAUAUUUCAUUAUUCAAUGUAUAAAAUCGCUUGAUUGGCUGUUAAGAUAUCUGUCAUAUUUUAUACAGUAUCAUAAUUAAAUGCAAUAUUAAAUAUUAUAUUAUUAAAUUUAAUGGCAAAAAUGAUAAGUAUAUGAUUAUCAUUUCUGUGGAUGUAGACCAUAGAUUUAAAAAUAAAUAGACAGCUUUUUGGUGAGCCAACAAAAUAUACUGUAAAAUGUAUUUUCUCAUUACCUGUGGUCACCGUUACUGUCUUGAGUAACCUAUUUGUGCUGUUUCGUGAUUGUAUUGUGCCUAGUCGUUUUUUAUCCAAAUGUAUGGAAAUGUAUAUUUUUCACAACUCUCGUUUCAUCACAAGGAGAUUAUAAUUUAUAUUGUUAGACAAAGAAGUAUUUAUUCAAUGUGAUAAUAGUUCAAAUGAGGGCUCAAGUCUUUAUUGAAAAAUGUUGGUUGUAUGAAGCGCAACUAUGUAUAAUUUAUAAGCAAUACGAUGUGUUAGAAAUAGUGUAUUCACUGCUUUAAGUUUGUACUGUUAAACUGUUCUCCGACCAAAUCGAAUGUGUCCAAGCCCUAAACUUUGUAUCUUCUUAGCUAUAUGGAAUAAAUGAAGUUGUCAAGCGAAAACGGCUUUUAUUGCAAUGAAACCAAAGUCGUUUAUGCAAGCUCUUUAAUUUAAUAUUACUAUUAAUCACAAUAUUCACUAAUAUAUGCUUAUACCAAGACUCAAUAAUAUCACAUUUCUGAUGUGGAUAUUAUCAAUCCACAGCUAAAACUAACACUAACAAAGUAAUUUCUAAAUUGUCUAACUACUUAGCUAAGUACCACCAAUAUAGGGUUUAUUAAGUAGAGGUGCCUCUUCAUAAGGUAAGCUGCGAGGAAACUAAAUCAUAAUGGAAGCAAAUUAGUAACUUGGCAAGUAUAGUCUAUAUUCUAGAAUGUUAAGUACAACACUAAAUUGUGCACAUGUUAUCUUCUGAUGAACAGAAAUAAACUUAGUUUAAUAGGUACCUAAUUGCGGUAAGUACGAUACAAUUUUAA